AUGGAGCCAGAAAAUGCAAUGGGGCAUCGGCGACUGGAUCGACAGCAACGGCAAUCCAGAAGAAGUUGCAUUCGCAAUUCUCUGCAGGACGAAACUUAUAGGAGAGCUCUCACCAGUCCCGAUACGACAAUAUCCGAACACCAGCCCACUUCCUAUGACCUCGCCAGCCUCCAAGAGUUCUUGCGCAAAGAGUGUCCUGUGGAGUUUAACGCACUGCCAAACAUCGAUAUGUUCACCUUUGAGAACAGGAGCAAUGGCUUUGUCAGUAUUGGUUCAGCAGAGAAAAAGCAAGUUCGAAUUGGCAAAGUGCAAGAAUCAGUUAGCGAUGAUUCCACCGCCUAUCUAUAUCUUGGGGGCGAAGGUACCAACAAGAUGUUUUUCGUGGAGGGGAACAUCGAUGUCCGUUCUUCUUCGGGGUUAGCUUUUCUUUCUGAAGUUGAGCUUGAGGAACCAUUCAUACAUUUGUCGCUUGACAACUGUAUCAAGGCAGAAACCGAGCAAAGGCGAUUUCGUGCAUUUGAUAUAUAUGUGUUUCUUUGUUCGAACACAGAAACGACUGUUGAACCAUAUGGAAGCUUUCUGCACGACCUCCGGAUGGCAUGCACCUGGAUGGGACAGAAGAUUGUGGAUCCGACGGUUAAACCAUUGAGUUCUCGGGCGAAAGCCGCCUUGGGACGCAGAUCUCUUAAGAUCAAUGUAGCCAACAGGAUAGUCAGACAACCUAUCAUUAAGCCAAAUAACAGAGCUAAUAUCGCAAAGGAUCAGGAAGACCUCGACGAUACUUCAGGCAGCUCAGAUAGCUCAGACACCUGGGACAAUCCAGACGCUCCAGACAUCUCAGACGACUUAGACAACAUAGACAGCUCUGAAGAUUCAGAGAGUUCGGACAAUGAGCUCAACGAAGAACUCACUAGCCACAAUAUCAAUAGUUUCGAACGUCCAGCAAAGAAAGCCAGACUCGGAGACGCUAUGUCUCGAAAUCAACGACAGUAUGUGCAGAUGGGUAAGGACAUGAAGUUACUCAAGAACGAGCUCGCUACUGCUCAGCGUGACGAUGGCUCGAAAGCCAAACUCCAACUCACAAUCUGUGAGCAAUUGAUAAAAGCAAACGUCUGGAACAAGACCUUCAGAAAGUCAACGCUGAGAAAGACCAACUUAAAACUCAUAACGACGCUCUACUGCAAACGGAGCAUAACGCCAGAGGACAACUUGAGGCGAAGCUGA